CAACAGCAUCACUCCACAGGGUUUUGACACGGAUCACACUGACUGACGGUCGGCGAAUGAGAUAAACAAAGAGCCGGUAACUUUUCAGGAAAACAGAAAACGCUCGCCAACCCUCUUUGGAAACAUGGACACCGGCUUGAGUCAGGAGAAAGUAACCACCUUUAUCAAGCGGCUGCGUGCCGAGCCUCGCUACCUGCUGGCCCAGAAUGUGUCCACCUGCAUUGACCCGCUGGAGGUGUGUCUGCACCGGCAGACUGUCCAGGACACGGUGCACAUCUUCCAGCAUUCCAUCCCCACAGAGGGCAAGCCCAUCACCAACCAGAAAAACUCAGGGAGAUGUUGGAUCUUCUCGUGCCUCAAUGUCAUGCGACUUCCCUUCAUGAAGAAGUUUAACAUAGAAGAGUUUGAGUUCAGUCAGUCCUAUCUCUUUUUCUGGGACAAGAUUGAGCGUUGUUACUACUUCCUUCAGGCCUGUGUGGAAACAGCCCAGAGGAACGAGCCAGUGGACGGGCGUCUGGUCCAGUUCCUGCUUUCCAAUCCAACCAAUGACGGUGGACAGUGGGACAUGCUGGUGAACCUUAUUGAAAAAUAUGGCGUUAUCCCAAAGAAAUGUUUCCCAGAGUCGCACAGCUCGGAGGCCUCACGCAGAAUGAACGACAUCCUCAAUCACAAGCUGAGAGAAUACUGCCUACGACUGAGGAACAUGGUAGCCAGUGACUCUACUAAAGCUGAACUGUCUGAUGCCAUGGACACCAUGAUAGAGGAGGUGUUCCGAGUAGCCAGUGUGUGUCUGGGCAGCCCUCCUGAGACUAUCUGCUGGGAGUACAGAGACAAGGACAAGAACUUCCACCGCAUGGGACCCCUCACCCCUCAGGAGUUCUACAGGGAGCACGUCAAACCCCUCUACAACAUCCAGGACAAGAUCUGCCUUGUGAACGACCCUCGACCUCAGAACCCUUAUGGGAAGUUGUACAGUGUUGAGUUCCUGGGGAACAUGGUCGGAGGCCGCAGCACUCUGUACAACAACCAGCCCAUCCAGCUGCUCAAACAGGCUGCAGCUGACUCCAUCAAAGAGGGAGAGGCUGUGUGGUUCGGUUGUGACGUCGGGAAACAUUUCCACAGCAAACUGGGCAUCAAUGACAUGAACGUGUUCAACCAUGAGCUAGUGUUCGGGAUUUCAGUGAAGAACCUUUCUAAGGCAGAGAGACUGAUAUAUGGAGACUCUCUCAUGACUCACGCUAUGAUCCUCACUGCUGUCACGGACAAGGAGGGGAAGGAAGGUUAUGAGAAGUGGAGGGUGGAAAACUCCUGGGGAGACGACCGUGGGAACAAAGGUUACCUGAUCAUGACCGAUGACUGGUUCUCUGAAUACGUCUACGAGGUGGUGGUAGACAAGAAGUACCUCCCCAGUGAUGUCUUGGAGGUGAUGCAGCAGGAGCCCGUCGUACUUCCUGCAUGGGACCCAAUGGGAGCCCUGGCAUAACUACAGGAGCCCGGGUUCCAGCACCACCCCCUGGUCUAUUUGACUCCGCCCCGUGCCCUCGGCUGGUUUUACCUGUCCAGUAAUACCUUCACACCCUCCUCCAAACAGCCUGUUCUUCUAGACAACAUAAUAAAAGUUUUUGUUUCUUUUUUUACUGGA